AUGGAUUCAUGCACAAAGGAAUUUUAUGAUAAUUUACUGACGUAUUUUAUCAAUUACGACCUUUCAUCAUUUAAUGUACGAAUCAUACCGAUGACCGAAGCCAAACAAGAUUUAAUUGAAUUAUCAACAAAUCCUUUAGAUGUAUGGAUAAAUACACAUUAUGAUGAAUUGUGUGCGGGUAUGACGUGUAAAAAUGCUCUAUUCUGCAAACCAUCAGACAUGAAAGACAAGAAUUUCCAAAUGAGCAUUAAGGAUAAAUGUGAUAGGAAACAGAGAAGAAUAGAUGGUAAACAAACAUGGUGUUAUGUUUUGAAAGAAGAAAUGAAAGGAUUAUAUAAACAGGUUGAACCAAACGAUAAUGAGGAUUCAUUUCCUGAUGAUGAAAUACCUGUAAAUGAGGCAGUAUAA